AGUUCUUUAUCCACAGCACAAACAGGAUUUUGCUUUAACUAGCAAUCAAUUGUACUUGUCCCGAAUCAAAAUAUUCCAAAUUUUUAAAAUAGAAUACUUCAUUCUUUUAGUACAUGUUUUUUCCCCUUAUUUCAACUGUUUGGAAAUAUUCGAUAUUUGGCUAAGUUGUCCAGCUAUGUAGUUUGUAUUUCUCUAUAUUUUUUCUUACCCUUUUUGUAAAUGGGGGUGAACAACUUAAAUACCAAACCAGGAUUUAAAAGAAAUGUGUAUGAGGUAUGUGGUAUAAAUGGGGUUGGGAGGGAGAAGAUUUGAUACAUUUCAUUCGCAACCACAAAUGAAAUGUCUGUAUAUAUUUUUUUAAUUACAUAAAUUUAAACUGGCAGACAUUUAAACAUGAGUGAUUCGGAUUUUUAUAUGUAGUCAGCCUGGGCUUUCUGAGCAAAGACCAGCUGAGCCCCUCCCAGUACUCUGGUGCAUUUUUCUCCAGCAACUGUUACCCUAGUCUUAGUUGUAAAGUAACCAACAGUACUUUGUGUGGUUUUGUUUGCUUUUUAAUUAAAAUUCACCACCACCACCACCAAAAAACCACAAAUUGUUUGGCUUCCAGACUUUCAAAACACAUGGUAGACUUCUCUGAUUUUAGACUCUUGUUGUGGGGGUGGGUGGACGAGGGAGAUUUGGGGCCGGGAGACUCUGAAUCCAAAAGUGAAGGGUGGCAAAAGAGCCUUGUGGGGGGAGAUUCUGGGACGAAGCUGGGGCAGUGCCUGGCUUGGGGGUAAUGUGAUACUUACUGUUUGCGGGGAAACAUCUUCACGUUUUCCUAGCGAUAACUCAUCUAAUCCCCUCUGCUCGCUCAAGAAAGAUCAUCUUGACUUGGAUUUAUGGGGCAUGUUGAUGGGGCCUGACCAGGGGAGGCCCCAGCUGUUGGUGUACCUGCACAGGGUUUUGUCCAGGGCACCUGCGUGCAGGUCAGGAUGGGGUUUUAGAGCCAGUUCACGAGAAAAACCCAACCACCAGUGCAACCAAAAAAAGGGGGAGCUUCACCUACAGCUGAGAUUUUCACAAGCAGCAUUUUUAUUCCUCCUGCCUUCUGACAUCUGAGCUCCAAGCUCUAAACCCAGCCUGUAUUAUAGCAGCAAGUUAUCUUUAUGUUUGUUAUUCUGUACUUAGUCACUUUUCUGCGUGAUCUGCAUAUGAAAUGUUGUAUACUUGAUUUGGUCAGUAUUUCCAUUAAAAUAUCAGGGUUAAUGUGUAUCUAUUUUUCUUCCUAAUGAUUUCAUAGACAAGGACUCCCUGGCAAUCCUAGGAGGAAAAGAAAGCUGCCAAUGGACUGCUAGGGUAAUGUGAGGCUGAAAUUGGUGGUGUUUCUGGCAUGGCUUCUCGGAACUCCUCAGUCUUGUGUGGUGAAAUACAUUAUUCUGUUAGGAUCUUGAAUGCUAUGCUGUGAUCUGCCAUCUCGAAUCAAAAUCUUUCCAGACUUGCUGGUGAUGGGCGACGAUCAGCCACAUACAUAAAUAUAUUGUAGAGGAGCGGAGGUCACUGGGGUGCAGAGCCCUCCCUGUUGAACACCAUGCCCGCCGAUCGGUUGGAAAGCACCCGUCCCUGGCGCUCUUUCCACGCACGUUAAGCAGCGAGAGGCUUUUUGAGACAGCCAGAGCCGGAGGUCGGGCUGGGACUGGAGGGCACGGGGGUUCCCGUCGCUGGCUCUCAAGCGGGGUGACCUGCGUUUGCAGCAGCCGAGCCUUCCGCCCGUCGUGCCUAACAGUCCCCUGUCUCUGGCCCGGAGCUUUCGGAGAGUCUAAGCGGCAAGCUUCCCAUUUUAUGUAGGGAUCUGCCCAGUGGCCCACCAGCUCGGCCGGGAUCGAGGACAGCCUCGGCAGCCCGGCUCUGGCUUUCAGUUCCUGCUCCAAGUUCCCAGCCGCGGGGCUUCAGCGCCGCCGGUGUUCCAAGAAAAGGUGCCCGGGGCUGGAAGGCACCCUGGACGCCGGAACCUUUGGUUCCAGGCCGUGGACCGCGCCGGCAGCGCCCGUGGCCUUCCGGGGAGAGGAGUGGGCGGGCGGCGAUGGCGGCGGCGCCGGCCCUGAAGCACUGGCGCACUACGCUGGAGCGGGUGGAGAAAUUCGUGUCGCCGCUCUACUUUACCGACUGUAACCUCCGCGGCAGGCUCUUCGGGGACAGCUGCCCGGUGGCCGCGCUUUCCAGCUUCCUGACUCCCGAGAGGCUUCCCUACCAGGAGGCGGUCCAGCAGGACUUCCGCCCCGCGCAGGUCGGCGACAGCUUCGGACCCACAUGGUGGACCUGUUGGUUCCGAGUGGAGCUGACCAUCCCGGAGGCGUGGGUGGGCCAGGAAGUUCACCUUCGCUGGGAAAGCGAUGGAGAAGGCCUGGUGUGGCGCGAUGGGGAACCUGUCCAGGGUUUGACCAAAGAGGGGGAGAAGACCAGCUACAUCCUGACUGACAGGCUGGGGGAAGGAGACCCCCGGAGCCUGACCCUGUAUGUGGAAGUAGCCUGCAAUGGGCUCCUGGGGGCCGGGAAGGGAACCAUGAUCGCAGCCCCUGACCCAGAGAAGAUGUUCCAGGUGAGCCGGGCUGAGCUGGCUGUAUUCCACCGAGAUGUCCACAAGCUCUUGGUGGAUCUGGAGCUACUGCUGGGCGUGGCCAAGGGCCUCGGGGAGGACAACCAGCGCAGCUUCCAGGCCCUGUACACAGCCAACCAGAUCGUGAACAUGUGUGACCCUGCCCAGCCCGAGACCUUCCCAGUGGCUCAGGCCCUGGCCUCCAAGUUCUUUGGCCAAUGCGGAGGUGAAAGCCAACAUACCAUCCAUGCCAUGGGGCACUGCCACAUUGAUACAGCCUGGCUUUGGCCCUUCAAGGAGACUGUGCGGAAAUGUGCGCGGAGCUGGGUGACAGCCGUGCAGCUCAUGGAGCAGAACCCUGAGUUCAUCUUUGUCUGCUCCCAGGCACAGCAGCUCGAGUGGGUGAAGAGCCUCUACCCUGGCCUGCAUGCCCGGCUCCAGGAGUUUGCCUGCCGUGGGCAGUUUGUGCCCGUGGGGGGCACUUGGGUGGAGAUGGAUGGGAACCUUCCCAGUGGAGAGGCCAUGGUGAGGCAGUUCCUGCAGGGCCAGAACUUCUUCCGGCAGGAGUUUGGGAAAAUGUGCUCUGAGUUCUGGCUGCCCGACACGUUUGGCUACUCGGCACAGCUCCCCCAGAUCAUGCACAGCUGUGGCAUCAGGCACUUCCUGACCCAAAAACUGAGCUGGAACUUGGUGAACUCCUUCCCGCACCAUACCUUUUUCUGGGAGGGGCUGGAUGGCUCUCGUGUGCUGGCCCACUUCCCACCCGGUGACUCAUAUGGAAUGCAGGGCAGUGUGGAAGAGGUGCUGAAGACCGUGGCCAAAAACCGGGACAAGGGACGGACCAACCACAGUGCUUUUCUCUUCGGCUUUGGGGAUGGUGGUGGCGGCCCCACCCAGAGCAUGGUGGACCGCUUGAAGCGGCUGCGCAACACAGAUGGGCUGCCCAGGGUACAGCUGUCUUCUCCUGGGCGACUCUUCUCAGCGCUGGAGAGCGACUCGGGGCAGCUGUGCACGUGGGUCGGGGAGCUCUUCCUGGAGCUGCACAAUGGCACCUACACCACCCACGCCCAGAUCAAGAAGGGGAACCGGGAGUGUGAGCGGAUCCUGCACGAUGUGGAACUGCUCAGCAGCCUGGCCCUGGCCCGCAGUGCCCACUUCCUUUACCCGGCAGCCCAGCUGCAGGACCUCUGGAGGCUCCUGCUCCUGAACCAGUUCCAUGACGUGGUGACUGGAAGCUGCAUCCAGCUGGUGGCAGAGGAAGCCAUGUGCCACUACGAAGACAUCCGUUCCCAUGGGAACACACUGCUCAGCGCUGCAGCCACAGCCCUGUGUGCUGGGGAGCCAGGUCCCGAGGGCCUCCUCAUUGUCAACACGCUGCCCUGGAAGCGCACUGAAGUGUUGGCCCUGCCCAGGCCUGGCGGAGCCCACAGCCUAGGCCUCAUCCCCAGCCCUGGUGACUGUGCCCAGCAUUGGCUAUGCUCCUGCUCCUGCCCCCACCUCACUGCAGCCCGUGCUGCCCCAGCAGCCUGUGUUCGUGGUGCAAGAGACCCUGCAGACUCACGUUCAAGGCCCCCUCCCACCAAGACUGAUGGUUCUGUGACUCUGGACAACGGCAUCAUCCGGGUGAGGCUGGACCCGACUGGCUGCCUGACAUCCCUGGUGCUGGUGGCCUCUGGCAGGGAGGCCAUUGCUGAGGGCGCCGUGGGGAACCAGUUUGUGCUGUUUGAUGAUGUCCCCCUGUACUGGGACGCAUGGGAUGUCAUGGACUACCACCUAGAGACACGGAAGCCAGUGCUGGGCCAGGCAGGGACCUUGGCGGUGGGCACUGAGGGCGGCAUGCGGGGCAGCGCCUGGUUCCUGCUACAGAUCAGCGCCAACAGUCGGCUCAGCCAGGAGGUCGUGCUGGAUGUUGGCUGCCCCUAUGUCUGCUUCCACACCGAGGUGCACUGGCACGAGGCCCACAAGUUCCUGAAGGUGGAGUUCCCUGCCCGCGUGCGGAGCCCCCAGGCCACCUAUGAGGUCCAGUUCGGGCAUCUGCAGCGGCCCACCCACUACAACACCUCUUGGGACUGGGCUCGAUUUGAGGUAUGGGCUCACCGCUGGAUGGAUCUGUCCGAGCACGGCUUCGGGCUGGCCCUGCUGAAUGACUCCAAGUACGGCGCGUCGGUGCGAGGCAGCGUCCUCAGCCUCUCCCUCUUGCGAGCGCCUAAGGCCCCCGAUGCCACUGCUGACAUGGGGCGCCACGAGUUCACCUACGCGCUGAUGCCGCACGAGGGCUCCUUCCAGGAUGCUGGCGUUAUCCGUGCUGCCUACAGCCUCAACUUUCCCCUGCUGGUGCUGCCCGCCCCGGGCCCUGCGCCCGCCGCCGCCUGGAGCGCCUUCUCGGUGUCCUCGCCCGCGGUGGUGCUGGAGACGGUCAAGCAGGCUGAGACCAGCCCCCAGGGCCGUACGCUGGUCCUGAGGCUGUACGAGGCCCACGGCGGCCACGUCGACUGCUGGCUGCACACGUCGCUGCCCGUUCAGGAGGCCGUCCUCUGCGACCUCCUGGAGCGGCGCGACCCUGCUGGCCACCUGCCCCUUCAGGACGCCCGCCUGAAGCUCACCUUUUCUCCCUUCCAAGUGCGGUCCCUGUUGCUCGUGCUGCAGCCCCCACCGGACUGAGUCCCUGAGGGCGGGGCUUUGUUUGUGGAAGGCUUUGGGGGCUCCUCAUUUCUGCUUCCCCAGCCUGAAGCAAGGAUGUCACCUCUUGAACAAUAAAUCCUUGGCUCAGGAACGCUGCUGGUAGCCCAUGCUCGCUCCCCUCAGGGCCCACCCUCAGGCUUUGAGGGCAGAAGGCUUUUUCCCAGGCAUUUGGGGGCAGGGCCAAGAUCUAAGUUUAUCUGUGUGUGCAGGGUCCGGCUUGCAGCCCCCAUGAGAGAGAUGGGGGAUACUGGUGACCACAAGCAGGCUAAGAGACCUUGAGAUAAGAAGCUCCUCCCCUGUGUCAGCAGGCAGCAGGCCUGGGACUGGUGGGUUCUGGCUGGGCCCCACUAGGAGAGGAGCACUGACUAGUCAGGGCCAGGCAGGGGGAGCAGCCACAGGCCCUGAGGAAUCCUGGACUGCAGGCACUAUGGAGCCUGGGCUGCUGGGGCCAGGGCCUCUGCACCACCUCUGUGGGGCUGUCCCUGCAGAGGCAGAUGGUCCUCUGAGAGCCAGGGCCUUGAGGACUGGGGUGGGGCUCAGUUUGUCUUGCUGAGGAGGUGGCCCUCCCAACUUGGCCAUCCCAGACCUUUUCUGAAGCCAGCCCAAGAAGUGCCAAGAAGUUC